AUGCAAGAGAGAGUAACGCUAAAGAAGGCGAUUGCCAUCGUGAAGUUUAGUCUAUUUGUUAUAUGGUUUUGGCCGUUACCAUUAGGCGCGCCUAAAAGCAAAAUUCUGUGCAUAAAGUUGUAUCAAUAUAUCUGUAUAUUAUUAACUACAGGCGUACUAUCGUCGAUAAUAUACGCCCUUGUGAAGAAUACCAAUGAUCUUGAUGUUUUUAUGAGAUCAUCGUUUUCUUUAUUUCCCUGUGGUCACGUUAUUGGCAAUAUUCUGUGUCACCUAGUUAUUUAUCAACGAUUACAAUACGUUACUUUCGAAAUGGAGAAUUUUUGCACACUGAUCAAACCUCAUGAGGAAGCGAUUGUUCAGCGGGAGUAUGUUGACAAGUAUUCCAAUUUUUAUGGUUUUUGCAUAAGUUUAUUCUACAUGAGUCUCUUCGGCCUUUUCGUGGGGCCUAUCAUGCUAGACCAGCCGCUUCCAACGACUGCUGAAUUUCCAUUUGAUGCGUCUCAUCAACCACUAAGGGCUAUCACGUAUAUGCAUCAGAUUUUAAUUGGUCUGUUCAUAUCUGCGCAUUUAUGUGUUAACGCUUUCAUGGCGCUUUUGCUUUGGUUGGCUUCAGCGAGAUUUAAAUUGUUGAUCGAAGAGUUACGAACAAUUACAAAUAUCUAUGAUUUCGCGAAAUGCAUCAAAAAGCAUCAAAAAUUAAUCGAAUAUGCAGGAGAGGUAGCCCUUACAGUUCGACCUUUUGCACUUGUAACUGUAUUUUUCAGUACUAUAGCAUUAAUAAUAUUUGGACUUGUUUUUAUUGCAAGUACGAAUGUAGCACAAGCGGUUUUUGAAAUAGAUUGGUAUGCUGAAUCUGAAUAUUUUAGGAAAAAUUUACAAAUGGUUAUAAUGAGGAGCCAAAAGCCAAUAUUGGUUGUAUUACCAUGCGGUUUACCCUCAUUGUCUUUACGUUAUUAUGCAUCGAAUAUUGCUUUUGAAAUGGAAUAUUUUUGCGACUCAAUGAAUCCACAUGAAGAAAUUGUGAUUCAACGGUACAUUGAUAAAUGUGCCGCAUUCUAUGGUGUGUCUGUGCUCAUUUUCUAUUUUAUUACGAUAGCAGUCACCGGAAUAGUACCUGCCCUGCUACAUCAACCAUUUCCAUUAAUAGUCGAAUAUCCGUUCGAUGUAUAUCAUCAGCCUUUAAAAACAAUUAUCUACGCACAUCAAACUAUAGUCGCAUUCAUAGUAUCGGGACAAUUAUGCUUAAAUACUUUUGUAGCUGCUGUACUUUGGUUUGCAUCAGCAAAAUUUGAAAUAAUAAUCGAAGAGCUGAAGACUUUUACAGAUGUCAAUAAAUUGACCAAAUGUAUUAAAAAACAUCAAAAAAUACUUGAAUACACAGAGGAAGUUAUUCUUGUUGCUCGUUAUUAUGCAUUAACAUGUAUAUGUUGUAGCACGGUCAAUUUAAUAAUACUUGGCGUUUCGUUUUUUAUCAAUCAAUCUCUGAUAUUGAAAUUCAAAUAUACCUUCAUGAUUCUAGCUUGUUUAGCAGAAAUGUGUAUGUUUGUUUGGCCAGCAGAACAUUUGAUUUUCUUAAGCAACAAUAUGUCUCAGGCUGCUUUUGAUAUAGAUUGGUAUAAUCAAUCAAGUAAAAUACGGAAACUUCUGCAAAUUAUCAUGAUGAGAAGUCAAAAAGUGGUGACGAUCGGAGUACCAUGUAUUACACCAUCCAUAUCUUUUAAUUACUUAACAUCGGUAAGAUAG